AGAUAAAACUUAUCAAUUCACGGUGGAUAACGACGGAUAUUUGACAAGAAGACUCAACGAACUGCUUUUAAAUAGCGGUUUCAGUAUCCUUGCGUGUGGUCGGUGUGGUGUGACUGUUUGUGAUUAUUCUCCUACACCUGUUUCCCGUGAAAAUUAUUAUCGAUAAGCGUGAUGGAAACGUACGAAAGCGUCCUUCUGGUGAAAUCCGAGAUUUUCGUCUUCAAAAUUCCGCCAAGGUCAACCAACAGGGGUUAUCGGGCGGCUGACUGGAAUCUGCAGGAACCUUCCUGGACUGGUCGCAUGCGAUUAGUGUCACAGGGAGAUAGUAUAACGAUAAAGUUGGAGGAUAAGAUUACGGGUGAAUUGUUCGCCAAGUGUCCUAUCGAGCAGUAUCCUGGAAUAGCGGUUGAACCAGUUACCGACUCUUCCCGAUAUUUUGUUCUGAGAAUUCAAGAUGAUAAUGGACGGUCAGCUUUCAUAGGUGUUGGCUUCUUAGACAGAUCUGAUAGUUUUGAUUUGAAUGUUGCUCUUCAAGAUCAUUUUAAAUGGUUAAAGAAUCGAGAACAAAUUGAAAAGGAGAAAGAAAAACCAAAACAGGAACUGGAUCUCAGAUUCAAGGAAGGUGAAACUAUCAAGAUUAACAUGAAGAUCACUAAAAAAGAUGGCAGUGAGGUUUCAUCUAAAUCUAAACAACGUACCAGUGCAGUUACGGGUUUGCCACCUCCUCCAGGUGGAGUCAAGAUUGCCCCACCGCCAGCAAAAACUCCUACUUCUUCACCGGCACACAAGCCGCAACAGAGUCAAAAUCAAGAUGUUACAAAUGCUGAAUGGGGUGAGUUUGCCAGUGCUUCUCAGCCACCACCCGCAACAGCAUCCACACCUACAGUGGCCAAUGCAAGUUGGGUACAAUUCUAACUUUAAAAAUAUAUCUAUAGAUAACUUAUUUUAUAUAGAGUAAUUUGGAAACAGAUGGUCAAAUUUUAGAAAUCCCCAAUAUGUUGUCAAAGUUUGUCCACCUAUUUUUAAAUCACCAUAUUAAAAUAACUAAAAUAAUCGAUUAUACAUAAUAGAUACACAAGAUAGCUAGAGAUUUUAAGAAUGAUUGUUAAGAGAAACAAUGUAUGAAUAGUGAAAGUCUUAUAUAUGUAUGUAUGUAUGUCAUGUGUGUAUGUAUGUAUGAAUGAAUAUGUGUACUAUAGCAUGCGAUGAAAAUUAUAGCAGCAUCUGUGAAAGGGGAAACUUAUUAUGAAAAAUUUUAGUACUUACAAAUAUCAUUCAAACAUUUACACAUCUCAAUUGCUCUUGAACAUCCAAUGUAUCUAGAAAUACAAUCUUUACAUAUGUAAAUGUUGAUAUUAAAAAUAUAUAUUUAGUGUCUUGUAUAAACUAGUUUAAUAAAUUAGAUGCAUUAAAUAAAUUAGAAGCAAAUUUUUGAGCCACUGCAAUAAUUAACACUAUCUGUUGAGUACUUACAAGAGAAAAUAUAUUACAUUUUCUCGAUUUAUGAUAAAUAAUAAUUAUUCUCUAAUUGAUAUUUAAUUGUUCGAUUUUUGUAAAUUAUAUUAAUAUUAUGUUAAAGUCUCUUACAGCAAAAAGUCACAAGUUAUAAAAAAUUAUAAUAGAAUAGAAAACAUAUUUUAACGUUAGAGACUUGUUUAUGUAACUUUUAAAAGUUAAAUAAUUAGAGAUACAAAAUAGAGAAUAAUUAUUUAUUAAUUUUAAAAAAUGCAUAAAACAGGUUAUAUAAAUUUUCUAAUAAAAUUUCAUAUAUGAUAUUUAAAUAAAUUUUUUUGAUAUUAGUAUGUUAUGUUAAAUAUGUGUAAUAAUUAUAAUAUUUGGCCUGUUAACUUGCAACGUUUGUAGAUAUUAUAAAGGCCUAUUGUAAAAACGGUCUAAUUUUCUCAUACACUGGAUGUUCAUAAAGUUCUUAAAUUUAAAAAUAUAUUUGAGCCAAGCCAGAGUUUUAUUCAUUAAAAUAGCUGCAAAGUUUCUUCAUAUUACUUUAUAUUAUACUAUUCAAAGUAUUUCUAUAUUUUCCUUUCCUCAAAUAUGUGAAUUAUUACUAAUAAAUUGUUAUAAAGAAUAUUCUUAUUAGGAAGAAAAAAAAUAUAACAAUAUUACACACACACACACACACACACACAAAUAUUUUAUUGUUGAGUUUAAAAAUAUUUGUUUCUAAUAGCGAAAACAAUUAAAAUCUGAUUUUUAGAUCUUUUAUUAUAUCUUUUUUUGCAGAAUAAAAUUUUUUCUUCUCUUUCUAGCAAAUGGCGAAGAAAAAAUGUUUGAUUCUUUUUGGAUUGAAAAAUAUAUGCAAUUAUAUAUAAAAAUUAGCGUAAUGAAUAACAAUUGUCUCCAAGAAAUAGAAUCUAUUAUAUUGUGUGUGUUUAUGACUUGUUGAUUAGAUUAUAAAUUGUACAAUGUUAUUUACUUAUCCAACUAAACUUUAAUGUAAAAUAUAAAAUAAUCUUGUUAAACAUGUUGUUGUAAUGUGAAACUUGAAUGAGUAUUAGAUGAAAUUUUAUUAUAUUAUUUCUUCUUUUCUCUGCAAGGAUUUUCUUUGUUGGAAUUGUUUUAAAAAAAGUGUGAAGUGAAAGCAAAAAAUGUUAAAGUUGUAAAAAUAAUAAUAAUCAAAGAGAGCUAUAUAAUGUUUAAAAUAACAUCAAAUAUAACUUCUACAUCAUAUACAUAAAAAAUAAUGUUUGAAUAAUAUUAAUAAUUAAAUAGAAAAUAAAUGUAUAGUGUAUAGUGUAUGUGUGUGUGAAUGUAAAGAAUAUUAUUUGUAAUGUAGGUAGAAUGGCCAAGAAAAUGGGGCGGGGAGGGGCCGAACAUUCUUGCUGAUAUUAAUAAAAGAAAUAGCUAGAAUAAAAUAAUUUAAAACGUGAUUUUAUAUAUAUAUAUAUAUAUAUAUAUAUAUAUAUAUAUAUAUAUCAAAUUAUUCAAUAUUAUUAUUAAUGAAACAAAAGGUUAAUUUACUGAAAGUUAAAUGCUAAACUUUGUCAAAUAAUUUCAAAAAUUUUUUUUAACACAAUCAUUAACGUAAUAAUAAUUUUAACAAAUAUCUGGAAUGCUGGAAAAGCAAAAGUGAAUGCGCAUAUAGACAAAUAAUACUUGCAAUUUAUAUACAUGUAAGUGACAUUUCAAUAGAAUUAAUUUUUAUUUUGAUAAAACAAUUUUCUGAAAUGUGAUAGAAACUCUGCCUCUAUCCUUAUUGUAGGAAUCCUUUUUGUAUGUUUAGCUUUAUAUUUGUUUCUAAUCAUAAUCUAAUAUCAAAUAUAUCAAAGAUAUUAUAAAUUUUAAGAAUAAGAUUUUGCUUCUAUCAGCUUAUAUCUUUUUAAAAUACUUUGUAGUAGCUUAACGUUCAGCUCUAAUCGUAUAUAUUAAUAUAUAAGAUAUCAUAUUACAAAGUGAUAUAUAGGUGGAAGACACAUUAAAAAUAUCCCUUGUAUCUAUUCUAAUCUUUUAUAUAUAUAUAUAUAUAUAUAUAUAUAUAUAUAUAUAUAUAUAUAUAUAUGAUAAUAAAAGAAAUUGUUGCACUGUAUAUCGUAUUAUAUAUGUAAUAACAAUUAAAAGAGAAUUAUUGUAAUUCUAAUUUAUGUAUAAUAUUAUGUGCAUAUAGGUGUGUGUGGUAUUGUGUGUAUAACAUUCCAUAUUUUUUAUUUUCUGUAAACACAUUAAGAGAAUAAGAAUAAAUAUCGAAUGGACGUUAAAUUUAUCGAGUUUAUCUUUCGAUAAAGGCUCGGAUAGAAAGAAUGAUCAGAUAGCAAUAAAAUUCUUGUAUAUUUCUUCAUAUAUUCUUUUUUCCGCGCGAAAAUACAUAAUAAACAAUUAAAGAAUGCA